AAGAGAUUAGGCUUGAAAAAUGUGUAUUAUCCAACACAGCCUGGUUUGGAAGGGUAUCCUACAUUACCUUAACACGUUUUUUGGGCAUAAUUUAACAGUCACUAAACUUAUUUCUGUGCCUGUGGAUGGUGUGGACUUGCAUCUGAAUUUUCACUGACUUUGAGAAGUUAUUCUAUUUUGUCAUUUUCCGUUUCCUGCUUAAGGGAACCUCAGACAUUGUAUCUCUUGUAGUAUUUUCCCAGGACUUAAUGAAUGGAAACUUUUCCUGCCUUGGCUAUUGAAGCAUUUAAAAUGCAGCCAAGGUUAUGAAGUUGUUAUCAGAUUUUGCAACUAAAUUGCUUCAGGAGUGCUAUCUUCACAUUUCUCAUUUUAACCUUUGCAAGCACAACAUCUCAUCAAGUUGGGAAUCCUCUUGUUGACUUCUAAUUUGUUUUUGUGGAGUGGCAGGUGGAUUGAUAGCAUCCUUGAAGCAUUAAGACUACAUGACUAUGUCUAGGAGUUAAAAAUGAUUGGGUGAUAACCAUCUUUUCCACUUGUCCUAUUUUCUCAAGGAGUCAAGGAGUCAAGGACUCAUUCUUCUCUAGUGUCUUUGAGACUUGGUGGGAGAUUGAGGCAGAUUUUGCAACCCAUAUGAUGUUUGCAACAUUUAUGUGGAUCUGAGGCUACACAUGGAUCAGAGGACACAGGCAAGUUGCAGGAUGGAAAUGUACCUGAAAUUUGACUAUUUCGGCAGAAUCAUGUCAACAUGGCAGAAGCAUAUCCUUUUGACAGAGCAUUUGUUUGAGGUUAAUGAAGAGGCCAUCAACAUGGUGCUGGAAGGAAAGUGAGCUCCUCAACUUGUAUGCAAUUUAUCUUCCUCCUCUAAGCUAAUUCAUUUGACUUAAAAUUGUUAAGAAACUUUCUUAACAUUGAGAUCCAAUAGUCAGUAGGAGAUCCUAUCAGAAGUAGAGUUGGUAUUCCCUAUUCACAAGUUGUUGUCUGAUACACUGUACAUGUUAAGCAGGCAUGUUAAGCAGGCAGAACGAUUUUGGUAAAAGUUCUUUGUUCCUAUUUCAGUUCAGCAUGCUUAUACUAUAAAAUGUUGGUGUUCAC